AUGGAUGGAAGGAGGGGCGGUCAGCAUGGGUCGUGCAAUAUUUCCGGGCGAGUCGUGUUCAGAUUCCAGAUUCUGGGUGUUCGGCUGGUGAGGUGUUUCCCGGGAAGGUCGCGCACCAGUCCCAAAGGUACCACGACAUCAGCUCCCGCUUGUCGGUGGGGACCAAGGUGGGGUCAUCCCGGUCCGACAUGCGAACGCGCGCCUCCGACGCCGCCUCCACCACGGGCUGCGCCAUCCUCACAGUGCCCUCGGAAGCCGGGGGUACUCACUUCAGGACACUUCAUUUUUUUUCCCAUCUUUGGAUUGGACACUUCAGGAAACUUCAUUUUUUUUCCCGUUUCGAUUGGACACUUCAUCGAUGUGUCACGUUUCACGUGCCGAAAGGGCCCCCCGAAUGUGAUUAACUCAAGAACGGAGGUCUGAUUACGUCCAUAUAAAUCGCUACUCUGUCAGAGUAGUACUUUCAGGGAGUAGUCCUCUGACAGAGUACUACUCAGAUCACAUUCCCUCCCGAAAGGGCCAUUCGAGAUUGCUGAGCAAGCACGGCGAGGGCAAGCCCGGCGAGGUUUCUCUCGACGGGGAAACGCGCUCAGUUUUCUCGCGAGGGGACUCGCACUCGCGACGAAGGGAGACACAAGCGCGGGGGCGGGGCUGGCCGGGAUGAGUCUCUACCCUCCCCGUACGGUCGUCGGCAUACGCGCGACGAGGCGGCGGGAUAUCCUCGAGGAACGAUGGCGGCACUGGCAGAACAUCGUGGACAGCAGGAAGGUCGCCAACGCCAUUCGCGCCACGAAACUCAGCAUCGGUGGGCUCUCCGCCGCGUUCGAGCGGGACCCGCCCUCGACGUUCGCGCCCUACCGCAAGACGAGAUCCGCGGUC